GAUCAGAGCCCUUAAAUUUCGGCUUCUCUCAUUGCUUCCCUAAAAUUGAAGUGAACUCCAUCAGCGGAGUAAACGAAGACGACGACGACGACAAGGCUUUUGCUGACUUGCAAACUUUUCAUUCGUCUCCGAUCUCGAGACAAUUGGGAACUGCGAUUCUCUAUUUGCCGUUUCGUGCGCUCUAUCUCUCUCCCCCCUCUUUAAAACCCUAGAUUUCCUCUGGAGCUGCAAAUUCAAUGCUUGUUUGUGUGUUAUGGGUGAUUCAACGAUGAUCUUAGACGAGACGAAUCGAAAGAAUCUCAUCUUCCUCAUCUUACAGUUCCUUCACGAAGAGGGCUAUGAGAAAAGCCUACACUUACUGGAGCAGGAUUCAGGGGCUUUCUUUGAUUAUAGCUACUUUUCUGGUUUUAUCACCAAUGGUAAGUGGAAAGACGCCGAGGACUACCUUUCAGCAUUCACUAGUCCGGAUACUAAUACAUUCUCAAGGAAGAUGUUCUUUGACUUGUACAAGUGGAAGUUUUCUGAAGCACCUGAUAGAAGUGGUGGCUCUGAAUCUGCGAACAUUUUCUCCAACGAUCUGAGACGGAUUCCUGUUUUCAAAGAUGAUGGCUUUGAGGAUUUGGUUGAGGUGAUUGCUGUAGACGAUUUAAGAAUUCCUGAGAAAACUGGGAGCGUGGACAAAGCAUUGGUUAGAGCUAGUUUGUGUGUUGAUCUCCGCAAACUAGCAGAAAGCAAUCCUUCUUUAUGUGGCAAACUUGUUUUUCCGAAUUUGAAUAAAUCCGCACUGCUGUCCCUUAUCUCCCUCAUUUGUCCUAAUUCUAAUGUGAGAAUGGGAGGUUCGAAGGAAGAUCUCAUUCGCUUAAUCCUUCAAUUUCUCCAUGAAGCAAAGUACAAGAACACUUUGCAUAGAUUUGAGCAAGAAACAAAAGUCUUCUUCAACUUAAAUUAUCUGGCUGAAGUGAUGAAGCUCGGUGAAAUGGGAAAGGCUGAAGAAUACCUGGCAGCUUUUACAGACAAACACGCUAAUAUAUACUCAAAGGCCAUGUUUCUUGAACUUCAGAAGCUGAAAUGGGAGGCUACUACCCCAUCUGGAUCUCUUGAUAACACGUCGCAAAAGACAAAAUUACUUGCGUCUGUUGGCGUGCUAGCCAAGAAGAAUCCAGCACUGAAAGAUAUACUCAGCUUUCCUAAGAUGGCAAAAUCAAGACUCUUAACACUGAUGAAGCAGACUAUGGACUGGUGGAGACCUCAUUCAUGCAGCAAUUCUAAUUCUCUGGAACAUAUCCCAGUAGUACCGUACCUUUGUGGCGAACCAUCCUCUUUAAAAAACAAAUUGAACGGAACAGGGCCAAGAACGAAGGUUGGUAACUGCAAACUUAAGGAAAUCAAUCAUCCAUCCGAGUGCAGUUCACUGGUUCUUCCUGAUUAUUGGUCAGGUGAAAGGAUUGCAUGCUUGACAUAUUCCCCUUGUGGAGAUUACAUUCUGGCUUUGGCAGAUGACGCCACACAUAAACUCUGGACGUGGUCGACUGGCCAAAAUGAAUUCUGCAAGCAUACUCCUCGAGUAUUGAAGGAAGAUGUAUUUCCGAAGCCACGAUUACAUCAACCCAUGAGUGGGAAAACUAUGAAAAACGAAAUAGCCACCUCUGUUGAGGAUUCAACGUCUUGCUUUGCGAUCAAGGGCUCCUAUCUUUUCUCUACUUCAGGAGGAAAAAUUGCUGUUUUUGAUUUGAAGAGUUUUGAGAGGGUAGCUGCUUUUGGAAGUCCUAUUAAACCUAUGGCUACGUAUUUUAUAUUUAUUCCUGUUGAUUUACUUGCCGUUGGGCUUGAUGAUGGCUCUAUCCUCAUCCAUUGCUUAUCCUCAAGAAAGAUCAAAGAAAAGUUGGACGGCCAUGAUCAGAGAAUAACCUGCUUAGCAUUUUCGCGCUGUUUUAAUGUCCUCGUCUCAUCAGGAGCAGAUGGAAAGCUGUGUGUUUGGAGCACAAAAAGAUGGCUAAAGCUAACAAGUAUUGACUCUAUUCAAAACUUUUGCACCCGGCUUAACAAUGUGUCCUCUCUGGUAACGCAAAUCCAGUUUGACCCGUAUCAAAUCGAGCUACUCGUUGUCCAAGAUAAGUGGAUAAGUAGACACGCAGCUCCAACUCUAGAUUGCCUUAGGCAGUGGGUUCCUGAUGAAUCUGAAGCUGCAAUUACUUCUGCUACAUAUUCUUCUGAUGGUGAGAUCAUCUGUGUUGGCUUUAGAAGCGAGUCUAUAAAAAUUCUCGACUCCAUGACAUUUCUGAUAAAAUGUCGAAUCAAUCUCACUGCUUUUACACAACCCAUCCCUAGCAACAUCAGGGUCAAAGUUUAUCCGGCUGUUGUAGCCGCUCAUCCAUCACAUCCGAGCCAGAUCUCUGUUGGGCUAAGUAACGGUAGGGUCAUCGUUCUUCAGCCCUUGGGGAGAGGAGGAUGGGGUGAAGCAGAUGCAAUUGAAGACGAUCGAGAUAAUUCUGAUGGCUUAGAGCAUUGUUACUGACCGAUGACCACAUAGACUGCCUUUAGUUUUUUUUGUAUGUCCAUCUUCCUGGUGCGUUUUACUGUUCUUUUUGGAUGUAUUCUGUGUAGGGUAAUACGUAAUUAAUUGAUGCGUAUUUUGUGUAUUAUUCAUCGUAAAGCAUCUAUCAAAAAGCUUCCAAAUUAAUA